UAUCAAUUGCUCUCCAGUGUCUGUAUAAAAAUUAAAUCGUAGCAGGUCUAAUUCUAAGACUUCAUGCUAACACUAGCACAUGUUUUCUGUGCUGCUCUGUGCCUCUGAGGAUCAGCUCCUGAUUUUCUGUGUGCGCUUACAAUUUUUUUCAUCCACUGGUUGUUUUUCAGAGCAGUCAGUUAUGAGACCGUGAGCACUUUUUCACAGUCCAGUAAGUGACAUCAUUGUUUUCUUUCUCAUACUGCCUUAAGAGGUACUUAUUCCUAUUCUGACGGUUAGCUGUUCAGCUCUGUUUUAUGUUCGUUUUGAUGUUGCCAAAGGGAAGCCUUUGUCUCAGGACCUGCUUUUACUUCACACAGAAGAGCAUUUUGUUGUUGUUAACAGAGGAUUAGUGGCCACAUUGUUGAUUUUGAAUAUUUAAGACUUUUUCCCCAUUAUUUCUCAAAUGUUCUUUGCCAAAAUUCAUUUGGCUAGAAAACAUUUAACUUGAUCUCAAGUUGUGGUAUUUCUUGGCAUUAUCGGCCUAUGAAAAUUAAUGGGGUCCGUAUCCUCUUCUAAUAAACCCGCUACUGUCCUGUCAGUGUGCGGAUGGACCGUUUUCAGAUGAAUGGAUGUAAUUCCCCAUGAUAUUCCCGCUUCUCUAACCUCUCCUGGAGUUACACCACUUGAGUGGAAAGGGGAUAACAGUAAUUUCUAUUCAAGAAAGUUUCACGCCUAAUGCUGGAACCUGAAGUCCUGGCUGUAUUAUGUAUUCCGCCUCUUCAUGUUUCUAUAUGCAACCUGACCUUAUCUGUACCCCCCUUCAUUUCCUGUGAAGCCCUUAGAGCAGGCAGUCCUCCAAUUACCUGUGAAAUAACCAGUUCAUUUUAUUUCUUCACUUUAGUCUGGCUUCUCUUACCUGACCAAGUGCAUUGUUCAUUCCAUUUCUUAAGGAAGUGGAGAAAUGCUUAUUUCUAUUUCUGACUCUUGGUAAUACUUCUUUAUUUUCAAUUUAGUCAUUACUGUGCAUUCGUUGUGUCUUACCUGACCUGUGUAAGUAGGUUUUUUUUCUUUCAGUUUAUUUUGAAUGUAAUUCUUGUGUCCCAUCUUCUCUCUCCCCAAAGUUACAUACACCACUUCCUGAAGGGAUUGGCAGUCUGCUGACGUGUCCUUCAGCAUUUCUAAGCCCCAUAGUGAUUAGUGCUUAUAGUGAUGAAGGUGAAAUAAAAUUUAAGUAAAUAGCCAUUCAUCAGUUUUUAAGCAUUGCACUACUGGAGGAGGACGUUUUCAUUACAUUUAGUGUAUAAUUUUGAAAUUUCCUGCAGAGACUUCCUGCAGGAAUUGUGACAUUGGCCUAAAAGUAUUUGAAGGGCUUUACCUUUGCAGCUUAUGGCUUGUCAUCUUCAAAGUCAAAAUGGACCUCUAAGUUUGAAUACCAAAAAAGUGAAGUUAACAAAUUUAAGACAGUAUUUGGAACAUUUAAGUUACAGUAAUUCUUCAAAUUAAUGAAAAUCUUUUUCACAAUGAUAAAAAUUUUAUCACCAGUGGACAAGUAGCAGUUCCUCCUUAUUUUCCCCUUAGACUUUAAGAAAGGCUUGAUAGUGUUGAAAGCUGUUUUAUGGGCAACUAAUAUAAGAAGUGUGCCAACUUUUAUACUUCCAUGAUUUUGAGCAAAUUCAGUGAGCCCAACAAAAAAUGCAUAUUUAAAAAAUCUGCUCUCAAGAUCUUUAAUGUCCCUAUAACGCUCUCAUCAUUUCUGUCUAAACUGUAAUACAAUGGAUUUUAGCCUGUCACCAAUUCUGAUGGUAGGAUUUUGUGGCCUAGAAUGUGUGGUAUAAUCUAUCUUCCUUUGCAUCCUGCUUUAUCUGUGCAUUUUGUAACUGGUUGAACCUGUCCCUCUGGCUUAAUGUUGGUUUUCACCGUCUCAGUCUUGUCAGUCCAUUGGCGUUUCAGAAAAUCUCAUGAAUUUUGAGGUAUUUUUUUAAUAGGGGAGGUAUUUUAAAUACUUCCCCAAACGAGAGCUUUAAUUCAUGAAUCAAAACAAAUUAAGCCUAGCGCACUUCCUUCCAUUUCAACCCCAGUGUAUUUACAAACAGAAGGAGGAGGUGACAAGACACUCCUUUAUUUCUUGCCGCCCUUCCGGUCUGCCCUUGGAUCACUGCGCAUUUCCACCUGGAAGGUUGCUUCUCCACAGUGAUUUCGCAUUACAGGAGGGUUUUCCUUCUUUGUUUCUCAGACCUGGUCCUGUAGACGGGAAGGAGCCUGGACACAGUGACCCAUUCUCAAAGGCCCUGCAGGACCGCCAUGGCUUAUGAUGACUCCGUGAAGAAAGAAGACUGCUUUGACGGUGACCACAGCUUUGAGGACAUAGGGCUAGCUGCUGGCCGAAGCCAACGAGAAAAGAAACGUUCUUACAAAGAUUUUUUAAGGGAAGAGGAAGAAAUCGCUGCUCAGGUCAGGAAUUCUUCCAAGAAGAAGUUAAAGGAUAGUGAACUUUACUUCUUGGGGACGGACACGCACAAGAAGAAGAGGAAGCACUCCUCCGAUGAUUUCUACUAUGGAGAUAUUUCGUCUUUGGAGUCGUCACAGAAGAAAAAGAAAAAGUCUAGCCCUCAGUCUGCUGAUACAGCAAUGGACCUGCUGAAAGCGAUCACUUCGCCUCUGGCAACAAGCACCAAGCCCUCCAAAAAGACGGGAGAAAAGUCGUCUAGUUCCUCAAGCCAUUCAGAGAGUAAAAAGGAACACCACAGGAAGAAAGUAAGCGGAGGCAGUGGGGACCUGUCCCUGGAGGACGGAGGUUCCCACAGAUCCAAAAAAAUGAAGCCGCUCUAUGUGAACACAGAGACACUGACCCUUCGUGAGCCCGAUGGGUUGAAGAUGAAACUUAUUCUCUCACCAAAGGAGAAGGGAAGCAGCUCGCUUGACGAGGAGUCUUUUCAGUACCCCUCUCAACAGGCGACUGUGAAAAAAUCCUCUAAGAAGUCAGCUCGGGAUGAGCAAGGUGCUUUACUCCUAGGACAUGAAUUACAGAGCUUUCUAAAAACGGCCCGGAAGAAGCACAGAUCCUCCUCGGACCCACGCUCAUCUCCUGGCCCUGAAGGCUGUGGGCCCGAUGCCUCCCAAUUCCCAGAAUCCCACAGUGCUAACCUUGAUCUUUCGGGGCUCGAACCUAUUCUGGUAGAAUCCGACUCCUCCUCUGGUGGGGAGCUAGAGGCUGGGGAGCUGGUGAUCGAUGAUUCCUACCGGGAAAUCAAGAAGAAGAAGAAGUCGAAGAAGAGCAAAAAGAAGAAGGACAAGGAGAAGCAUAAAGAGAAGCGACACUCCAAGUCUAAGAGGAGUUCAGGGCUCCCCGCCACGGCAGUGGGAGAGGUCCCAGCGCCCCCUGCCCCCCCUCCCAGCCUCCCUUACACUGGCGCAGCCGCCCCUCCCCUGCCACUUCCUGGCCUCCAGGCAGAUGGACACAGUGAGAAAAAAAAGAAAAGAGAGGAGAAGGACAAAGACAGAGAGAGAGGAGAAAAGCCAAAAAAGAAGAACAUGUCAGCCUACCAGGUGUUCUGUAAAGAGUACCGCGUGACCAUUGUGGCUGACCAUCCAGGCAUAGACUUCGGGGAACUUAGUAAAAAACUGGCUGAGGUGUGGAAACAGUUGCCAGAAAAGGACAAACUGAUUUGGAAGCAGAAGGCUCAGUAUCUGCAACACAAACAGAACAAAGCAGAAGCUACAACUGUGAAAAGAAAAGCCUCCAGCUCAGAAGGCUCCAUGAAAGUGAAAGCUUCCGCUGCAGGAGUACUGUCACCCCAGAAGAAAUCCCCACCCACCACCAUGCUGUUGCCUGCCUCGCCAGCCAAAGCCCCUGAGACAGAGCCCAUCGACGUGGCUGCUCAUCUGCAGCUGUUGGGAGAGUCUCUGAGCCUCAUUGGACACCGCCUGCAGGAAACUGAGGGCAUGGUGGCUGUGUCGGGCAGUUUGUCUGUGCUUCUGGAUUCCAUCAUCUGUGCGCUUGGCCCCUUGGCGUGUCUCACCACACAACUACCUGAGCUGAAUGGCUGCCCCAAACAGGUCUUGUCAAACACACUAGACAACAUUGCUUACAUCAUGCCUGGACUGUGACAGCAGAGACUCCCGGGACAGAAACCUUAUCCUACCCUGCUGCCGGCUUGUGUGUAUGUGACUGUUCCAGAUUCCUUCACUGGCCUGGGUGUAGGUUUUAAAUUUUUAUAUAUAUGCAUAUACAUACAUAUAUAUAUAAUGUACAAUAUAUACAUAGGACUAUACUUUGCUUUUAAUAAUUUUAUGAGAUGGCAAAGGUUUAGCCAAGAGGAAACCUUGGCGUGAGUAUGGGCUUGGGAGUCUUUCUUUCCUGUGGUGGAUAAAUCUGCCUUAAAAAUCAAUGUAACUUGGGGGCUGGGGGCUUGUUCUGGAUGCUGAGUGCAUCGCUUUACAGACAGCUAAAAUGUGAUUUUUUUCCAAACUCAGUUGUACCUCCAGACCCAUCACUGACCAUUUGCCUUACCUGUGUCUUACCGUCUGACAUGUAAUGGGAAAGAAUAUGGGAAGACGUCAGUUUACUGAAAGUACAAAGCUUUUCAACUUGAAGUGACCUAGGUGGGAGGUGAUAACAUCGUCCCCAUCUUAAUGGUUAUUGUGAUGGCCUAAGUGAACUUAGUACAGGCUUCAUUCCAAUUCCUGCCGUACCGGUGUCCAUGUCUCAAAAUGUAUUGUAAUUACUGGUACCGUUGGCAGCCUUAGUCGGGGCCAAGGCGUUCUGUGAGCCCUGGAGAGGGUAAAAACUGUCAGUGCCACCAGUUGAACGGCAUAUAUUGUUAGCUGACCCAGACCAUCUGGUCUGCAGAACUAAGCGCUGGUAUCUUCCGUUGGCAGUGUUAGCUUAGCUCACAGUUCUGCUGCUUAGUUGCUUGGUGUUGUGGAAGGUGAACUUUGCCCAGCCUGAUUCUUGGGUUCAUCUCAUUGGCUUCCCUGCUGGGCAGAUACACAGUGUUCUGCAUUCCACACGUGAGCAAAUUGCAAAAAACGAAAAAAAAAGUACUCUAUUCUCAUGUAGGUUUAUUUAUGUGCGCGUGUGAAUGUGUGUUUUAAUUAUGUGUAUUUAACUCUUAAACUCUCUUAGAUUUUAAUUUAUCCUGUAAAUUUCUGUAUAUAUAAUUUAAAAACAAGAGCCUCCACCAGCAACAGCAUGUGGAAGAUACAGAUUUGUCUUUUCUUCCUUCCUUCCUUCCUCCCUUCCUUCCUCUGGUCUCCUCUGGAAACUCCAAAUCAUCUAUACUUUAAGGUAUCGUGCCUCAAAAAGGAAUCAUUAUGUUGGGAUUCAAAUUCUUUAUAAUUCAAUAAUGUCAAGAAAGUAAAAUAAAAAGGAACGUAACCAUUCCCAGAUGCCCUUAUUUCCAAAGAACCAGACUUUUGCUUCCUAGAUGCAAAGAAGACAGUUGAGCGCUUAAGGGUUGUUUAUACAUUGAGUGUGAGGUUCCACGUCAAAACUCAGCUCUGAGGUAACUGCUUUCUUCCCGUGGCCUGGUCAGAGCACUGCAGCAUCACGAUAGAUCAGCCAGCCUGCAUCCGAUUUCAUUCCUUCCUUCCCACCGGUGUGGUCACAGGGCCGUGUUUCUUAAAGGGAUUCUGGUUACUGAAUGCCUUUCUCACCUCAGAGCAGUUUUGAGAUUUAAUUGGGGGAAACAGGAAUGUUUGGGAACCAAAAUCAAGAAGAGCAGAAAUCUCGGUUUGGUCUUGUGCAUUAGAACCUGUGCCACACCGCCUCCUCUGAUCCCAUGUCAGGUUCCUGUCUGACACAGGGUAUCCAGGAAGAGCCUUGAGGACAUGGACUAGUACAAAACAAGAAGUCAGUCCUACCAUUGUCAUUUGUGCACAUCAGUGAAAUCCUGAUGAGGACCUGCUUUUUUGUUUGUUUUCCUUUACAAUCCAACCCUGUUGUAUUUGUAUUUAAAAUUUGUACACAUUUGUAUAAUAAUCUGUUCCUUGUGGUAUUUGGUACUAUUAGAGGAAAAACUUUGGAUUCAGACCUUCUUGCAGUUUUUAUAUCAUUGUUUUAUUUUGUUUUUUAAAUAAAUUCUAGCGGUUUGAUCCAAAUCCCAUUACAGUUGUAUAAAGAAACAAAAUUUUGUACUUAUAUUAUUAAAA